CGACUGGUUAAAUCUUUUGAUUUUUCUGAUCUUCCCGUUCGAUCUCACUCUGUUCCUAAAAACCUUCGCAUGUUCAGCAUUUUCGGAUUUGAAGCAAAUUAAUGAACUCAUAAUCUCACACGGAUCUACGAGCAGGAAAAUAGAGCAGUUAUGGAGUGGGCAACGGUGCAGCAUCUGGAUCUGCGCCACGUUGGUCGCGGUGUCAGCAAGCCGCUUCAACCUCAUACGGCGGCGUUUCAUCCGACGCAGGCCGUAAUCGCUGUCGCCGUCGGCUCUCACAUCAUGGAAUUUGAUGCAUUAACGGGAUGUAAAAUCGCGUCUAUCGACAUUGGAUCUCCAGCUGUUAGAAUGUUGUAUAGUCCUACUAGCAGCAAUGCCGUGGUUGCCAUUCUUGAGGAUUGUACUAUUAGGUCUUGUGAUUUUGAAACGGAGCAGACUUGUGUCUUACACUCACCUGAGAAGAGGAGUGAGCACAUUUCCUCCGAUACAGAAGUUCAUCUUGCAGUGACGCCACUCCAACCUGUUGUGUUUUUUGGAUUCCCUAAAAGAAUGAGUGUGACAGUCGUUGGAACUGUUGAAGGUGGAAGAGCUCCGACAAAAAUUAAGACAGACCUGAAGAAACCAAUUGUGAACAUUGCUUGCCAUCCUCGACUUCCUGUCCUGUAUGUAGCAUAUGCAGAGGGGUUGAUACGAGCCUAUAACAUUCACACUUAUGCUGUUCACUAUACACUACAGCUUGAUCAAACUAUUAAACUCAUUGGUGCCAGUGCCUUUGCUUUUCACCCGACACUAGAAUGGAUUUUUGUUGGAGAUCGGAGGGGUACACUUUUAGCGUGGGAUGUUUCAACUGAAAGACCUAAUAUGAUUGGAAUUACGCAAGUGGGUUCGCAACCCAUCACUUCAAUUUCCUGGCUUCCUAUGUUACGUGUACUUGUCACUGUGUCCAAGGAUGGAUCUCUUCAAGUCUGGAAGACACGGGUUAUAAUAAAUCCUAACAGGCCUUCGACACAAACUAACUUUUUCGAGCCUGCCGCUAUGGAAUCUAUAGACAUUCCUCGACUUCUCUCUCAACAGGGUGGGGAAGCUGUUUACCCUUUACCACGAAUCAAAACUUUAGAAGUUCAUCCAAAGCUGAACUUAGCAGCUUUGAUUUUUGCAAACAUGGCGGGUAAUGAGAAUACUCAAAAUCGAGCGGCUCAGACCAGGGAAGGAAGGAAGCAACUCUUUGCAGUUCUACAGAGUGCUAGGGGAUCUUCAGCUUCUGUUCUAAAGGAAAAGCUUUCAUCGAUGGGUUCGUCUGGAAUUUUAGCCGAGCACCAACUCCAAGCUCUGCUACAAGAGCAUCAUCACAAGGGCCAGAGUCAACUAACAAUUUCAGAUAUUGCACGAAAGGCAUUCCUGUAUAGUCAUUUUAUGGAGGGCCAUGCCAAAACUGCUCCAAUAUCAAGGUUACCCCUUAUUACCGUUGUGGAUACGAAGGAUCAACUUAAAGACAUUCCUGUUUGCCAGCCAUUCCACUUGGAGCUGAAUUUCUUCAAUAAGCCAAAUAGGGUUCUUCAUUAUCCUGUGAGGGCAUUUUAUAUUGAGGGCCUUAACCUCAUGGCACACAAUCUCUGUUCUGGAACGGACAACAUCUACAAGAAGCUGUACACAUCGAUUCCCGGAAAUGUGGAAUAUCACUCAAAACACAUUGUUUACAGUCGUAAAAGACACCUCUUUCUGGUUGUCUAUGAAUUCAGUGGUGCUACGAAUGAAGUUGUGCUUUACUGGGAAAAUACAGGUUCUCAGCUUCCGAACAGCAAAGGAAGCACUGCUAAAGGUUGUGAUGCUGCCUUUAUCGGCCCAAAUGACGACCAAUUUGUAAUUCUUGACGAGGAUAAGACAGGACUGUCUAUGUAUAUCCUCCCAAAACUUACCACAAUGGAAGAGAAUGAGAAGAAUUUGUUAUCUGAAGAGAACCAAACCAAGGAGACAAAUCCUUCUGCAAUUCAGGGUCCACAACAAUUUUUGUUUGAGACAGAAGUUGAUCGUAUUUUUUCCACACCGAUAGAGUCCAGUCUGAUGUUUGCUUGUAAUGGAACCCAAAUUGGCCUGGCAAAGUUGUUUCAGGGCUACCGUCUCUCAGCCACAGAUGGUCAUUAUAUUUCAACACAAGGCGAUGGACGAAAGUCAAUCAAAUUGAAGAAACAUGAAAUAGCUCUUCAGGUUCAAUGGCAAGAAACACCCAGAGGAUAUGUCGCAGGGAUAUUAACAACCCAAAGGGUGCUUAUGGUAUCUGCAGAUUUCGAUAUAUUGGCAAGCAGUUCGACAAAAUAUGAUAGAGGACUACCAUCAUUUAGAUCUCUUCUAUGGGUUGGCCCUGCCUUACUAUUUUCUACAACAACUGCUAUCUGUUUGCUUGGCUGGGAUGGGAAAGUGAGAACAAUUCUUUCUAUAAGUACUCCAUACGCAGCCUUAGUUGGUGCCCUAAAUGACCGCCUAUUGCUCGCUAAUCCCACUGAUAUAAGUCCGAAGCAGAAAAAGGGAAUUGAAAUCAAAAGCUGUCUUGUUGGGCUACUUGAACCUCUAUUAAUAGGAUUUUCUACAAUGCAACAAACAUUUCAGCAGAAACUGGACCUUUCUGAAAUAUUGUAUCAAAUAACAACAAGGUUUGAUAGCUUGCGAAUUACCCCAAGAUCUCUUGAUAUUCUUGCUAGAAGCGCUCCAGUAUGUGGAGAUCUUGCUGUAUCUCUAGCUCAAGCAGGCCCACAGUUCAACCAGGUAUUACGUUGUACAUAUGCAAUCAAGGCUCUUCGAUUCUCUACCGCUUUGUCAGUUUUAAAGGACGAGUUCUUGCGUUCUAGAGACUAUCCAAAAUGUCCUCCGGCAUCUCUUUUGUUCCAGAGGUUCCGGCAGCUUGGAUAUGCCUGUAUCAAAUACGGUCAAUUUGAUAACGCAAAGGAAACUUUUGAAGCAAUAGCCGACUACGAGAGCAUGCUAGAUCUUUUCAUAUGCCACCUAAACCCUAGUGCAAUGCGUCGUCUUGCCCAGAAAUUGGAAGAAGAAAGCGGAGACCCUGAGUUGAGACGAUAUUGUGAAAGGAUUUUACGAGUACGGUCUACAGGAUGGACCCAGGGGAUUUUUGCUAAUUUUGCAGCAGAGAGUAUGGUUCCAAAAGGACCAGAAUGGGGUGGUGGCAACUGGGAAAUCAAGACUCCAUCCGACAUUAAGAGCAUACCUAAAUGGGAGCUAGCUGGGGAAGUAAUGCCAUACAUGAAAAAUGAUGAUGGAACCAUCCCCUCGAUAGUAGCUGAUCAUAUUGGUGUUUACUUAGGUUGCGUCAAAGGCAGAGUUAACGUGGUGGAAAUUAAAGAAGAUAGCUUAGUUUCUAAACCUGGAGGGCUUCUUAGUUCCUUGGGUAAACCUGUAUCAGAUAAACCUUUGGCACUCCCUGCUGGUGAAUCCAGUUCCUUGAUGGGUCUGGAAUCCCUCGGAAAGCAAAACGUGGCUGAUGAACAGGCGAAGGCUGCUGAGGAGUUCAAGAAAACAAUGUACGGAGCGGCUGGUGAUGGCAGCAGCAGUGACGAGGAAGGUGCACCAAAAACUAAGAAGCUGCAAAUUAGAAUACGAGAAAAGCCAACAUCUACCACUGUGGACGUCAAUAAGCUGAAAGAAGCUACUAGAACGUUUAAACUUGGAGAUGGGCUAGGCCUACCAAUGAGUAGAACAAAAUCAAUCAGUGCUGGAUCCCAGGAUUUGGGUGAGAUGUUAAGCCAGCCUUCAACAACUGCUCCGGUUUCUGCACCUGCUCCUGUCGAUCCUUUCGCGAUGGGCUCAUGGACUCAGCAACCUCAGCCAGUGUCCCAACCAGCUCCAUCUGGUACGGGUAUGGGAGUUGUAGCUGGACCAAUACCCGAAGACUUUUUCCAAAACACAAUCCCAUCUGUUGAAGUUGCCAAGACAUUGCUUCCUCCUGGCACUUAUCUUUCGAAAAUGGAUCAAAUUGCUCAAGCUGCAGAAGCUGCAAAGGAUGCUCCAAAUCAAGUUAAUAAUAAUACUCCGCCUGAUAAUGGUCUUCCCGAUGGUGGCGUUCCUCCUGCAAAUCAACAACCUAGUGUUCCAUACCAGACGGUUGGACUUCCUGACGGAGGUGUUCCUCCACAGUUUCCUGGUCAGACUCAAGGGACACCACAGGUUCCCGUUUCUACGCAGCCUCUUGAUCUUAGCGUUCUUGGAGUUCCAAAUACUGAUUCUGGAAAGCCUCCUGGACAGCCUACAUCGCCUCCUGCUUCGGUUCGUCCUGGACAGGUUCCACGUGGAGCUGCAGCUCCGGUUUGUUUCAAGACUGGACUUGCCCAUCUUGAACAAAACCAGCUUCCAGAUGCACUUUCUUGCUUCGACGAGGCAUUCUUGGCUCUGGCUAAGGAUCAAUCACGUGGAGCUGAUAUCAAAGCUCAAGCCACGAUCUGUGCUCAGUACAAGAUAGCCGUAACUCUCCUUCGGGAAAUCUUACGGCUACAAAGAGUCCAAGGCGCGAGCGCAUUAAGCGCAAAGGACGAAAUGGCAAGACUUUCAAGGCAUCUAGCUUCACUGCCGCUACUAGCAAAACACCGCAUAAACUGCAUUCGCACUGCAAUCAAACGAAACAUGGAAGUCCAAAACUAUGGCUACUCGAAGCAGAUGCUGGAGCUGCUUCUCUCAAAGGCACCAGCGAGCAAGCAAGAAGAGUUAAGAGGUCUAGUCGAUCUCUGUGUCCAAAGAGGCACGACUAACAAAUCCAUAGACCCGCUUGAAGAUCCGUCUCAGUUAUGCUCAGCUACGCUCAGCAGAUUAUCAACAAUUGGGUACGAUGUUUGUGAUCUCUGUGGCGCAAAGUUUGCUGCUCUUUCCUCGCCCGGUUGUAUCAUUUGUGGUAUGGGAAGCAUCAAACGGUCUGAUGCACUCGCGGGACCCGCUCCUGUAUCCACACCGUUUGGCUAAAGGUUACAUAGACAUGAUUACUGCUGGUUUAAUUAACAUCAAGGAAACUUCGAACUGGAUACAUGUGAGAACAUUCGGCCGGUUUUGUGGGGUUUGAUUUCGGUUUAUUCGUCUGUAUAUGAUUUGAUUAUUUGUAUCUUUUUUUUUUCGUUUGUGGCUAAUACCAUUUGUAACGUUACUCUUACUUUUCCACCAGUUUUCUUUUUGUUUAAUUCUAUUACUCUUAUACAAACA